GAUGCAGGUUCUGGUGUGCCAUGCACUCAGCGAAAUCAGCGAGCUGCUACUCAGCCGUUUUGCUGUGGACAGUCUUGGCUGUAUGCACGCAAGGUAUGUAGAAGCUCACCAUAACAACAGUGUUAUUACACGGCGUUGACGUCGCAAACGUCUCAAGGCUUUGUCACUGGUACCCGACGAAACCUCGGGCGGGGCGGGAGUCCUCUGCUCGAUUUGCGGGUUGCGCGAGGCCUCUGCAUUGACAUGAUUGCCUAUAUGUCUCUUCAGGAGCUCCCGCGGGAAUACUUGAUGGCCCGGCCGGGCAGGGCUGGCAGAACGUUGCGUGGGAGGGCCCAGAUGCCGCACAGUCUCUCCCGCGGUCAGCAUUGUGGCAGCCGGGAACGCAGGCGUCUCCACGACGGCAACCCGAGCAGCCUCCUUUCCAGGAAAGUGCUCUCGUCAGCACAGCACAGGAUGCGGCUUCCUUGGUGAGGCGCAACCUGCAGCUGCUUGAUUGCCUCCUUUUUGGAUGCCCCUCGCCGCCGCCACCGCCACCAAGCCCCCACCCACCAAGCCCGCUUCCUCCGAGCCCGCUGCCUCCCAGCCCGCUUCCUCCCAGCCCGCCGCCUCCCAGCCCGGGACCUCCCAGCCCUGCCCCGCCGAGUCCAGAACCGCAUUCGCCUGCACCCCCGUUGCCUGUCCCCCCAAGCCCACGCCCACCCACCCUGCUCCUCCGAACCCGGCACCGCCAAGCCCGACGCCUCCGUCGCCGGCACCUCCCAGCCCGGCGCCUCCCAGCCCGGUUCCCCACAGCCCGCCUCCGCCCAGCCCGGCGCCUCCCAGCCCGCCUCCACCCAGCCCAGAGCCUCCCAGCCCGGCACCUCCCAGCCUGCCUCCGCCCAUCCCGGAGCCUCCAAGCCCGGCGCCUCCUAGCCCGCCUCCACCCAGCCCGGAGCCUCCCAGCCCGGCACCUCCCAGCCCGGAGCCUCCCAGCCCGGAGCCUCCCAGCCCGGCACCUCCCAGCCCGGAGCCUCCCAGCCCGGCACCUCCCAGCCCGGAGCCUCCCAGCCCGCCUCCUCCCAGCCCGGAGCCUCCCAGCCCGCCUCCACCCAGCCCUGGGCCGCCCAGCCCGGCACCUCCCAGCCCGGCACCUCCCAGCCCGGAGCCUCCCAGCCCGCCUCCACCCAGCCCUGGGCUUUCCAGCCCGCUUCCCCCCAGCCCGGAGCCUCCCAGCCCGGAGCCUCGUAGCCCGCCUCCACCCAGCCUAAAGCCUCCCAGCCCGCCUCCACCCAGCCCUGGGCUUCCCAGCCCGCUUCCCCCCAGCCCGGAUCCUCCCAGCUCGGCGCCUCCCAGCCCGCUUCCCCCCAUCCCGGAUCCUCCCAUCCCGGAGCCUCCCAGCCCGGCGCCUCCCAGCCCGGCGCCUCCCAGCCCGGAUCCUCCCAGCUCGGCACCUCCCAGCCCGCUUCCCCCCAGCCCGGAGCCUCCCAGCCCGCCUCCACCCAGCCUGGAGCCUCCCAGCCCGGCGCCUCCUAGCUCGAUCCCGGCACCUCCCAGCCCUCCACAGCCCAGCGCGGCACAAAUGAAUCCACUGCCACCCAAACUCGCGGGCCCACCUUCGCAACCCCCACAGCCGCCGCCUGCAGCCUUGGGUGGUGGCACAUUGCAGUCGCUCAGAUCUCCACCUCCCUCCCCACCGCCUGCAGCAGUGACUGCGUCCCCGCUAUGGCUGCCUCCAAGCCCACCCGCACCGGCAAGUCCCAAUUUGCUACAAGCCCUCGGCUCGCCAGCAGCGCCCCCGCCCCCGCCACCCUCUGUCAGGGCCGACGCGCUGCCAAUGCUGGAGGUCACGGAUCUUCAGGAUGCUGCUUUUUCGGCCAGCAACAGGCUUGUCGGUGGCGUCAGUGAUGACUAUACAGAUCCUGACGAGGACAUGCUUCUGGCCGAUGCCUCCUUCGUCAUAAGCGAGGGGGCGACAGGCGAUCAGGCGGGCACGGACGGCUGGAGUGCGCAGCAGGGCGGCUUGGCAGCCGGCAGUCCACCAGCGGCCCCUAGCAGCCUUGGUUCGGCGGUCGCACAGGCGCCGCCGCUGCUGAUUGCACUGCGAGGCUCGGCGCACGUGCGGGUGGCUGUGUACGAGCCGUACACGGAGCUCGGCGCGGCGGCGCAGCAGCUGGUCAUGGCGUCGUCGCCGGGGGUGUCAGGCAGCAGUAGCAGUGCUGGUAGCAGUAGCAGUGGUAGCAGUAGCAGUGGUAGCAGUAGCAGCCGCACGGUGCCAGUGGCGGUGGAGGUGCAGGGUACAGUGGACACGCAGGCCGUGACUCCAUCAGGACGUCCGCUGACGUUGACGUACGUGGCUCGGGACGCCGCGGGGAACACCGCCCGUGUGGAGCGCACCGUAACGGUGUACGACGCGUGUGCAGCCGUACACGAGCACAGGUGUUCGGACAGCAUGCAGUGCUCCGUGCUCGGGGCCUGCGACGCGCGCCUCCUCGCCACCGCAGACCUUGUGGCGGCGGCCAGAGCGGCGGCCAUUGCCACCACCAACAGCAGCAGCAACAGCAGCAGCAACAGCAGCUGGAGCUUCAGUGCGGGUGCUUCGGCCCUGGUCGCCGGCUCGCUGCUGACGUCAGCUGCCGAGUACAUUACCGCCGCAGCUACGGCGCCCGACGCCGCCGCCGCGCUGCCACCAAGCGUGGUGGUUUCCGAGCUAGAGCUCGCGGAGCAAGAGGCUGACUUGGCCGCCGCCGGCGGCGCCUCACAGCAGCCGCAAAACGCACGGCGGCUCCUGGCGGACACCACGCCACCAGCCAUCACGCUGCUGGGCGAGGGGCAGCUGUACGACACGGGCACAGGCACGGGCAGUGUGUACGGCAUGAUCCACACGGUUUUCGUGGGUGAGACGUUCCUGGAUCCAGGGGCGGUCGCGCUAGAUCUGGUUGACACGUACCCGGAUGAGCCCAAGCAGGAAUCGUUGCUGGAUCCCAGCCUGAUCGCCGUCACGAUCACGGCGCCGUCAGGGGCGCUCGUCAGCGCCGUACGUACGGACGUGCCCACGGGCAAUGCGGCGGCUGGAGGCAGUUUGCCGUACGUGCUGGCGUACGACGUGGCGGAUGCGGCCGGGAACCGUGCGCGUACGGUGUACCGUCGUGUGUACGUUUUCUGCCGUACGCCCGAGGUCGCGUGCUUCGGCAGCGGUGGCGCCGCUCGCAGCUGCAGUGUCGCGGGCGUGUGUGGCGCCGGCGCCGCAGCUGACCUGUUACUGGCGCCCGCCGCGCUCGCCGUCUCCGUGCCCGCGGCUGCCACUGUUGCUGCUGUUGCCGCUGGUGCCCAAGCGGCAUCUUCCUCCACUGCCGCCGCACCGACACUUACCCUGCUGGGCAGCAGCAGCGUGCGUGUGCGUGCCGGUGUGCCGUACGACCGGUGCCAGGGGCUUGACACCGAGAGUUGUGACCCAGGGGCUAACGCCACGGUGGCGGCGGCCGGCGACCUGGCGGGCCGGGUGGUGGCGUGCGCCGACCGCGCGGCUGCCGCAGGCGUGGCGGCGCCGCGGCCGUUCGUGUUGGUGGGCCUGCGCUACUGCGGCCUGGAUACCCGGCGGCCGGGACGCCACAUAAUCAGCUUCCACCUGCCCCUCCUCUCCGAUGGGGGGGCGGCGGCGUCAGCAGCGGCAGCGGGUGACGAGCUGGUGGUCCGCAGAGUGGUCGUGGUGGAGGAGCUGUGCGAGGAGGGCGAGCAGCCUUGUGGCGACGGCCGCUGCAGCGCGGGAGGAACCAUCUCCACCACCACCGGCGCCGCCAGCAGCGCUGGGCUGCUGGCGGCCCUAAAAAGCCAGCUAGCCUAUGCUGCCACUGCCACCAGCGGCGGCAGCAGCAGCAGCGAUGCAGCUACAGCAGCAGCAGCCUACGUGUCCCCGCUGGGCGCGGCGAACCAGCCGCCGCAGCUGCGGCUGCGGUCCUACCCGCCGGCGGUGCUGGAGGGCCAGGCUGUGGCGGUGCGACAGGGCACUGCCUACCGCCGCUGCGCAGCCGGGCAGGUGCCCACGCCGCAGCUGCCCUGCGAGCCAAACGCCACGGCCUGGGACGCCGAGGACGGCAAUAUCACACAGCUGGUGGCGCUGUGCCCGCCCGCCGACUGCGCGCCCAGCCAGUGCCGGGCGCACGCCCUUGCGGCCAAGCAGCCGGCGGACUGUGGAGUGGACACGACCACAGCACCCGCCGGCGCCACGCUGCGCCUGAGCCUGGCCGUGUUUGACACGGCGGGCGCCGUGGCGGUGGCGGAGCGGGUCAUCCGCGUGGUCAGCCCGUGCGGCGAGGCCAACGGCCAGGUGGCGGCGGCGCAGUACGUGUGCGAUGCGCCGAGCGGUGCAGCGGCUGGUGCAGCCACCGUUGGACGUUACGUGUGCAGCGAGGUCCCCUGCGAGGCGCUGGCCGCGUUGAACCAGAUUGCGGCGGCGGCUGGCGCCGCAACCAGCUCAGCGCCGCGGCUGUUCCUGUUGCCCGCCUCGCAUCAGCUGCUGCCGCUGCCGGCCAACGGCAGCAGCGUCUCCGGCGGCGGCGUACUCGCCGCAUCCGGGCCGCCUGUGGCCCUGGACCGAGGCGCAGCGGCCAACCAGACGCUGACACUUACGUAUGGUACGCCCUCGCCCAUAGACCUGGCGCCCUGCGCCUCGUUCUCUGCCCUGACCUCAUCCGCAGUGCUCAGCGGUAGUCCAACUUCUGCUGGACCAGCGCAGCAGCAGCAGCAGCAGUCGCGCCCCUGUGCAGCCGUGGCGAACAGCACUGCGGAGGGCGACCUGACGCCCUUCAUUGAGGUUCACGUGGAGCCGGUGUGCGAUGACAGCAGCAGUGGCAGCAGCGACGGCAGUAGUGGAAGUGCAGAUAUGCCUGCGACGACGCCGGCUUGCGGUAACAGCUGCAGCGUUGCGCAGCUGAGCUCGGGCGCCUGCCUGCCAGGCACGUACCGGGUGGUGUACAGAGUGCAGGCCGCGGCCGCCGCCGGGGCCGCCGCCGCAGGUGCUGCUACAGCCGCCGCCACGGCGCUACAGCUUCUGGUAGCGGUCGAGGAGGUGCGGGUGACUCGACUGACAGAGCUCGUGUUUGUGCCCUGGGUGGAGCAGCUACUGCCGGCGCAGCAGCAGCAGGCUGCGGGUGCUGCGGCAGUAGCGGCAGCAGCUGCUGCUGCCACGAACCGGACGGCUGUGGAGGACCUGGCUGCAGCGAUGCGGCUGCUCGCCAGCGCCGGCGGUGGCACUUCUGGCGCUACUGCCAGCGGGCUACGCACUGCUGCUGCAGCCGCCAUGUCGGCUGCGCUGACCGCGCUCGGCAUGGCGCCCGGCACAGUUCGUGGCAUGGAGCUGGGUGCUGGAAGCAGCAGCAGCAGCAGCAGCAGCAGCAGCAGCAGCAGCAGCAGCAGCAGCAGCACUGUGACCAUUCUUGAGCUCAGCCCUGCAGAGCAGCAGCAACUCAAUCUCACGGCAGGCAAUGCCGCUGCCGCCACUACGAUAUACGCACUGCGUGUGUCAUCCAUGUCCAUCAUCACAGCUGUUGCGGCCUUCCGGCCCACACCAGCUCAGCUGCUGCCUUCGGCCGCCACAGCCUCCGGCGGCCGCCGACACAGCCUCCGCCGCCUUGCCCAGCUGGGAGCAGUAGCGGCAGAUGUGACCUCGCUUACCGCGUGCGGCGUCCCGGACCCAUCUCUGCCUGCUGCGCCGUACUUGACUUCCGCUGCCGCCAACACCAGCAACACCGCCGCAGCUGCCGCCAGCGGCGGCGCCCUGGUCUCCCUGGGCGGCCUGUCUAGCGCCUGCACCACCCCGCAGAUCAGCUGGGUCGACUACCUGGCUGCGCAGCUGGCGGGUGCGGUUGAGGACGUGGACCGUGCGGCGGCGGAGGCGGCCUCUGCGGCAGAGGCGGCGGCCGCGCUGGCGGCGGCACAGGCGGCGGCAUUUGAGGGCCGUGAUGCCCAGUACGAGGCACUGGUGGGGCAGUGGGUGCGCGAGGGCGCGGCAGCAGAGGCGGCAGCAGAGGCGCGCGCGGCCGAGGCGUUGCGUGUGCUGGUGGCGACAUUGGCGGCGCAAGCCAACGUCACAGCUGCGGCGGCGGCCGUGCAAAGCUUGUUCCAGGCUGCUCUGACGGAGGCGACCCAGUCCGCACGGCUUGCGCUGCUUACGGCGGAGACAGUAUGGGGCGGCGUCGAGUCCCUGACGGGUGACGGCGGCUCGACAGACACCGCAAUCAACGGCACGAGCGACAAUACCACUGAACUCAAUGCUUUCCUGGCUUGUGCCAGGCUGAGGGGCGCCGGCAACGGAGCCGUCUUCGCCUUCACAGUCGCGGCGAACACCCGAACUGCUGAAAGUAAAACAAACAAUCCCCAAACUUCUUUUGGAACGGCAACCGAACCGAACACGACCAAUGACGCUUCAAACAGCCAACUUCACCAUCAUCGCCGGCGACUGAUGACAUCUACAGGCAGGGAUGGCAGAUUUGAUGGAUACGUAGUAGCGUCAGGCCGGGACUUUGAUUACAGUCUGUGGGACGUGCGGGCGGCAGAACGCGCACGCCACGUGGGCUCGUCCAAGAACCGAGUGCUUGCGGGCCUUCUGCUGCACCAGGUGCGACGCACGGCGCAGGAGGUGCGGGACCGCUCCAGCGCUGACGGCGCGCUGUGCCGCCGCACCACUCACUUCAGUCUGGUGCCCAGCUGCACCGCCGCCCCUGAGGCUGUCGCAGCUGCUGCCAGUCCCACGGCUGCUGCUAGUGCCGCCGGCCGCGCCGUCAGCUACAUCAGCAGCGGCGGCGACCUGGGCGGCAUUGGCAUCGACCCGCACUUUGAGCUCAGGUCGGGCAUGUUCCAACCCGACCUGAACGCAUCUGACUACUACAACACAAGUCAGGGAUCCCCUGAGCUCAACCCCGCGGGCGUUCCCUACGGCUUCUUCCACCUGCCCCUGCCCGGCGUCCCCCGCCGCCUGGCCGCCGGCUACCCCUUGCUGCUGGAUGUGCGGCUGAGCGCGCAGCGGGCGGCCCAGGCCCUGGACUACCUGUCGCGCGGAUCCUACCUGUCUGCAGCGCUCACCAAGUCUCUGGAGGCGACGCUGGUCUUCUACUCCGCCGAUGCGGCCGUGUUCGGCGUGUGGUCCGCGUCCUUCACCUGGCAGGACAGCGGCGUCAUUCACGCCACCGCACGGCUGCUGGGCCUGCCAGCUAUAAGCUACGGCGAGGCCCUGUCGCGGCUUGACGUGAAAGCGUUCCAGCGGCGGCUACUGCCGGACCUGGCGCUGCUGCUGCUGAUCGCCUGCUACUGCCUGCUCGCGGGCUGGGACGCAUAUCACACCCUGGCAGAGCAGGCGGCGCUGAGGCGCGAGCGGCGGCGGCUUAAGGAGAAGUGGGAGCAGAUUCAUGAAGGGCGGGAGAAGGGGUUGGGGUUGGCGGCAGGGUGGCAAGACAGCGAUAGUGCCCGCGGCGAGUCUGCCGCGGGCAUGGGAACCGGUACUGGCGGCGCGAGUGCGUUUGUGGUUGCCGCCGCUCAGAUGCUCGCACGGACGGCCGACGGCAAGGCCGAAGGCGCUUCCAGCGGGCUGCUGCCGCCGCCGCCGGAUCGCACACCGCCGCCUCGUUCCACUCAGCAGCUGGUGUUGGCUGCCGGCGGGCCCCAGGCGGUUGCAGAGGCUGUAGAGGCGGCGGCGGAGGGAGCGCAGGCGUGGGGCCGCGAUCCCACCGCCUCCACCCCUGCUGCCAGUGCGCCGCCUGCUGGCCGGCAACACCAGCAGGGAGCCCGCGGCGGCAUCCUUCACGGCGGCCUUCCCGCCGCCGCCGCCAACCAUGACAUGGACACUGACGGCCGCCGCCACCGCCGCCACAGCCGGUGGGGCAGCAGGAGCCUGGCGGCGGCUGCUGGCCCCAACGCCAAAGCAAACGGCAGCGGCGGCGGCAGCCGGCGCGGCACCAGUGGGGCAGCGGACCGCGGCGUGCAUUACCGGCCGGCCAUGAGUGUGCUUUGGCUGUGCUAUGAGGCGGUGGUGUGUGGGCUGAUGGCGGCGGCCCUGGGCGUGUUCUUCACAUACGCCAUUCGGCUAAGCGUGAAGGACGACUUCACAGCAGGGGGCAGUGUGUAUGAUGCAGACACAUUCUCGCCAGCUCGAUUCUUCCUCAUCAGACGCCAGGAGCCGCAGUCGGCCCCCUCAGUCACCGUCAACGGCUCCGCCACCACCGCUGCCGCUGCUGUCCCGGCUCCGGGCGGGGCGGGGCGCUGGCGGCUGCCUGCCGACACCUCGGCGUGGGAGGCGGUGGGCGCUGAGUUCGGGCGUGUGGACGACAUGUACAGCGCUGUGGUACUGUACAGCUUCCUACAGGCCCUGGUGCUGGCGCUGCUGCUGGUGCGCCUGCUGCACGCGCUGUCCUUCCAGCCGCGGCUGUCCGUCAUCAGCGGCACCCUGGCCCGCGCGCUGCCCGGCCUGACGCACCUGUUUGCGGUGGCCACGGUGGUGGUGGUCAUGCUGGCGGCGGCGGUGAUGGCCACACAGGGUGCCAGCCGGGCGGCGCAGCUGUCCUCCUACUCGGCGGCGGUCGCGUGGAUGUACAAGCUGGUGCUGCUGGGGGAUGACGAGGGAGUGUUCCAGGCCCUGCUGCUGUCCGCGUCCAGCCUGGCCCCAGGCGAGCGCGUGGUGACGGGGCUUGUGUACGGCCUCAGCUGUUUCGCCUUCCAGAUCCUGCUGGGCAGCUUCGUGCUGGUGCUGCUACUGGGGCCCUUCUUUGAGCUGAAGCAGGCAACGGCAGGUCAGCCGGGUGUGCCGCAGGACAUCAUGCGCAUACUGCGCUGGUGGUUGGAGCACAACCUGCGCCGCGCACCAAAGAACAAGGCCCUGGCCUGCCGCAUUGACGACUGGCUGCUACAGCCACCGCCGGCCGGCGGCAGGCUCUAUCGCGCCUGGGCCCGGCUGCUACUGCCGCUGGCUAUGCUCCGGCUCGGCAAGGCCUGCGACCGCGGCGGUGGCAGCAGUUACUGGGGCGGCGGCGGCGGCGGAGCCGGUACAGGAGCAGCCCCGGGUAAAGCCAAGAUUGACAGCAGUGGCGGCGGUGGUGGUGGCGGCAGCGGCGGCGGCGGCGGCUACUUUAGGCCGGAUACGCCUGGCGGCACCCGCUUCACAAACCUGGCGGACAUCAAGGUGUCAACCAGUCAUGUUGCCGCCGCCGCCGCCGCGGGCUUCGCUAGCGACAUCAGCAACCGUGGCCUGCGGCUGGGCGCCCCUGCGCCCUUGCUGCUGCAGCUGCCCACGCCGCUGUUCCCUGGCGGCGCCGCCAGCGCAGCCUCCGCGGCUGCGGCGGCGGCGGCCGCGGGCAGUGUCGACGCCACCGCUUCGCCGGGGCCUCUCCCGAUCAAGCGCUCCCGCACCGCGACAGCCACGACCCUUCGUUUCAUGGACAGCAGUGGCGGCGGCAAAGGCGGCGGGCGCGAUGGCGGCGGAGGUGGAGGUGGAGGUGGAGGCGCGGCGCUGGACAUUUCCGAUGUACGCUUUGCGCUGCGUACCAUGUCACUCAAGCAGAUCGCGAUUGCGUCGGCCAGCGGCAGCGGCGGCGGCAGCAGUGCCACGUCGCCGUUCCUUACCACCACCGGCGGGGCGGCGGCGGCCGCGGCGACGGGCAGCUUCACCGGUGUCCUCAGCCGCCGCGGCAGCCGCCUCAGUCGCGGCCGGCAGCAUGAUCUGGUCGGCAACAGCGGCGGCCAGAUGCUCAUCGCGUCACGGCGGUCGUUUCGUUCGGGCCGGUCCCAGCGCAGCCUGGUUGCAGGUGCCGGCGUCCUGGGGUCUCCUGGCGGCGGGAUGACGGUGACGGGCGCUGGUGCCGCCGCCGCGAUGACGCGCUCCUUCAGCAGCCGUUUCGCCGUCGGCUUCGCUGCUCUUGGCGGCGCCGGCCGCAGGGGCACGGCGGCCACAGAGGCAGGCCAGCACGACAGUGUGGAUGGCGGUGUGGGCGGUGGCGGCAGUGCCAAGAACUUGAUAGCGCGAAUGUUCAGUGUCACGCGGCAAGGCAGCUCGCCAAAGGCGCCUGCUGUUGCCUCAGGACCCAGCGGCGCCGCCGCGGCCGCUGGCAGUAGCUCAGGCGGCGGCCGCAUGCAUCAGAUGCUGCUACUGCCGCAGCUGCCGCCCACGCUUCUGGAGGACCCUCGGUCCGAAGAAGACGAGGUCGCCGCCGCGUCACACAUGGACGCCCCUGCGCCCGUCGGGAGCAGCCCCGCGGCGCCAUUCCCUAGCCACAGAUCCACGCAGUCCUUCUCCACGGCCGUUUCCGACGCCGAGGCCCACGGCGAGGCCGACGACAUCUUCUCUGUGUCCAAAUGGCGCAGCGAGCCGGACUCGCCGCCCGCCUUCGGCGCCGGCGAAGCGGAGCUGCCGGAGCCGGCAACGGGCUUGCUGCGGCCUCAGGCGGCUUGGGGCCUACAGUCGCCGUCGGGCAACAGAUUGGCCCCCGGACCGGCCCCGCUGCUGACGUCGCCGACAGAGGGGUCGCCGCUGAUAAGGUCACCGGCGGGCUCAUUCAGCACCAACCGCUCGCUCAUGCCGCGGCCAUUGAUGACCGUCGGCAUCGCUGCGGCCGUGUCGGCUGCCGCGGCGGCGGCGGCCGCCUCGCAGGCGGCAGCCCACCGCCUCCCGCGCCGCACAACUUCCUCGCCCCAACAGCACCAGUUUGGCAGCCAGUCGCAGCUGCAGCUGCAGGUGCCAUCCAGCAGCUCGCGGCACCGCGCGGCGUUAUCACGCAUGGCACGCGACAGCGACGGCACGCCGUUGCCUGCAGCCGCCGCACAUGUCCUGGCGGGUGCGGACCCCUCGCGCUGGAGCACCGAUUUUGGGGUUCAGGCCGCUGCUGCCGAGGGCAGUGGCGGCGGGGGCCGCCGGCGGUUCUCGGCCAUCCAGCCCGCGGUUGCUGGCGUGAGUGCGUCGGGCGAUGCUGUCACAUGGGCGGGAGCAAAUCAAGACAGCCGCGCGUCCGGCUAUGCAGCCCUACAGGCACUGGAGCCGCCAGACUUGCCGUCAGUCCUGGGCAACACACGGUCACCGCAGCGGCAGACAUCGCCCGAGCUGCUGCAUUCGCCGGACCAGGUUGCUGCCGCGGCAGCGGAUGCCGCCGCCGCGGCAGAGGCUGCAGCCCUGGCCAACACCGUCCUUCACAACCUCAUGCUUCGCUUCGGUGGUGGCGGUGGCAGCAAGGAGGCCGCCGCGGCGGUGGCUCCGUCUCCGGCGCGCCACCAGCAACAGCUUCACAUUCAGCCUCCGCUGUCACCUUUGCCGGGCCGGGACUCAGGGGAGGAGGCGACCCAAGGCAGCAGCGGUGGCGCCACGCCCCACUACUCGCAAGGGCCUGCAUCCAGCGGCGCCAUCGGCAGUCGUGCUUUCCAGCCCUGGACUGACACCGGCUUCCUUCGUGUCAGCAUUGCAAGCACUUCUGGGCAUGGCGGCAGCACCAGCGGCAUGGUUAUGCCCACCGGAGCCGCAGCAGCUGCUGUGGCGGCGGCGGCGGCUGCAGUAGCGGCUAGCCGAUCUGUGACGCUGUCGCCACGCCUGCCCUUGCGCUCCCGGCUCGCAUCCUUCCGGCGCUCCUCUGCGGUCACGGCUCAGGAGCUCCUGACGGCCACUGGGCAGCCGCUGGGACUGGGAUUUGCAGCAGCUGCCGCCGGCAUUGGCAGGGGCGCAAGCCGGGGCGUGAUACACAGCGCUGCCGGUGCCGCCGUAGACGCUUCCAGUGCCGUGCCGGCAGCAGUAGGGACCGACGGCGGCGUCACGCUUGCCCCACAGCCCCAGCUGCCGCGUACAUUGGUACUGCGUUCUUCGGCUGCGGGCCUGGGCGGCAGUGGCAGUGGCGGCGGUGUGCGCAUGAGCGCAGGCAGUGAGCAGACGCAGGAGCAGGCAGCCAAGGCCGUGCCGGGCAUUGACAUCGAAGCACCAGCGGUCUUGGGCUCGGCGUCGGGUGCAGCAUCCCCGGUGCCGGUGGGCGGCCAGGUGGGAUCGGUGCAGCCAGGUCAGCAGCAGUUGCGGGCCAGGUCGCUAGGGCGGCUGGCGGCCCGAGUGGAAUCAGGCCCCAUCACCCUGCAGCAGUCGUACAAGGCGCUUCGGAACCUGCUGGCCGUGGCUUCACCGACUGCGGCACCCCCGACGACACCUGUGGCGCCAGCAGCGGCGCACGUGGCACCGGCUGCAAUGCCGGUGGGUGAGUUUGAUGGCGAUGGCAGCGGCGCGGAGUCGGCCCUGGGUGCGCGGGGCGGAGGUGCGCUGCUGCGGCGGGUGCUGCCGCGAGCCACUGUUGACGGCGACGGCGCUGCGACAGCGGAGAGCCCAAGGGCGCCCAUCAUCCGGGUGUCCUCUCAGAGCUCUUUCGGAGCGCUGGGCAGGACUCAAACGGUGGAUGGUGCGGUGGCGGUGCCGGGACCAGUGGUAGCUGCUUAUGCUUCCACCGCUGCCGGAAGCAUGGAUGCAGUGUCCCUGGCGUUCCGCCACAACCCGCCACCCAAGCGCGGCGACUCGGUUCCCGGGCUGCUUUCCCGCGUGCCCGGUGCGCCCGUGCCACCCCCCGGUGCGGGUGUGCAGGCCGAGCACCAACGUCCGGCGCCGCAGCAGGUUUGGCUCCAGAACCCCAGCAACUCCGCCGCUGGCGCGGCGGCGGACGGCAGCAGCGGCAGGCAGCCGGCGGGCGGCGGCAGUGCUGUGGGGUGGAGUGCGCACGUUGCCGCUGCUGCAACCGCAGCUGCAAGCACAGCGCUUGCCGCGCCUGCUGAAUCCACCGCUACAGCCAAUGCUACAGCCGCAGUCGUGUUUGGGCGGUUGCCUGUCACUCGCAGCGGCGGCAGCAUUGCGAUGGGCCCGGCAGAGCCGCAGAUUCGGCCUGUUACCGCCGGCGCCUCAACUUUCACUGUCGGCAUGCCGAAUCCUGCCGCAGCCCCAGUGGUGCCCUUGGCGCGCUUCGCAUCCACCACUGGCAAACGGUCCCACCAUGCGUCCCAGACCUCCGCCGCCCCGGUAGCCGCAGCCGCCGCAGACACCCCAUCAUCACCCCCCACCACUUCCAGUGCGCAUAUCGCCGCUCUGGUGGCCCAGCACGAGCAGAGGCAGCGCCACCAGGAACAGCCGCGGCUGCGGCCCGCCGGCACCAGCACCUUCGACAGCCUGGCUUUCGAGGAGGGCGAAGAAGAAGAUGUUGGGGGCGACGGCGUGCAGGUUGCGGGCGUUGCCCUGCAGAAACAUUGGGAGCAGCCUGCGGGAGCUGGCGGCGGAUUGCCGCGCCCCCUGCCGACGCGUGUGAGCUCCGUGCCGGACUGGCGGCUGUUCGUGAACGCCGCCGCCGCUGCCGAGCACGCGGGACAGAGCGGCCACGGCGCCGAGGACGGGGUGGAGGAGCACCACUUGCACGCCGCGGCUGUGGGCGCGAGUGCCAGCGGCGCGACCAGGGCUGCAGCGCCGGGGCCAGCGUCAUUCGGCGGGGGGCAGUCUACGUCCAGGCUGACACGCUUCGCGUACGGAAUGUGGAUGGCGGCAGGCGCGGCGACGACAACGCACAAUGCCAGCCUCGGCGGCGGCGGUGGCGGCACAGGCGCAAGCAGAGAGCAUGCCAUCGGCAGCAUCACUGCCCACAGCGGGCUGCAAUCGCCUAUGCUGCGGCCGCUACUGGUGACAGGCGCCGGCAUGGCUGGCGCCGCAGCAGCUGCGGCCUCCAGGACCGCCGUCUUGUCCACCUCGCCAGCGCCGUCCACCGCUGCCGCCACCACCCUGACCUCUCCCCGUAGCGCCGCCGGUCUCGGAGGAAGCGCGGCUGGCGGCACCGCCACAACGUCACGCCUUGCGGCGGUUGUGGCGGGCGCCUGGGCUGCUGAUGAGCCGGCGGCCUCAUCGCCCGUGCCAGCGGCGGCGCCUGGUCCUGGCCCCGACACGCGUGGCGUGCUGGCCGCCGGGCCAGGCCCUGUCGCAGAGGCCCUAGAAGUGACGAGUGAGGAGGAGGUGGAUGGCAGCACAGGCCUUCGCGUUGCAACACACAGAAACCUGACUGAGGCUGAGAGGCGUGAGCAAUGCAAGCAGCGGCGUGGUGGGGUGGCGGCUGCAGCCGGUGAGGCGUCCCGCUAUGCGUCCCACACGCGCACGGUGCUGGUUCUUGUGGCGGCCAUGGAGGUGAUGGUGUCAGAGCUGCGAGCGGCGGAGCAGCAGCUGCAGGCAUGGAUGGCUGUGCUUGACCGGCUGCACAUGUGGCUGCUGCGUGACGGAGGCGGCGACGGGAGCAGCGGCGGUUAUGGCUUGGCUGCGGUGCGGCGCACGGCCGCGGCCGCUGCAGCAGGCGUGGCUGCCGUUGCAAUGCCUGGCCUCCGCACCGAUACCGCCUGCGCAAGCGUCAGGAGCAGUAGUUCCGUCGAGCUCAGCGGUACCGAUGUCACGGCUGACGCACUCGCGGCCACAGCAGCCAGCAGUGACUUGAGGCCAAACAGCUCCGGCGGACCCUUUGCCCAAACCUGCAGUGCCGCCGGGCCUGCCCCCAUGCUUAGCAGCCCGGCAGCCCACAGUCGCCUGCCGCUGCCGCCGGCGCCCGUGUCUCCUCAGAUGCAGCCACCGCCGGCGCAGGCCUUUCCGCCUGUGCAGCGCAACCGCGGGAUCAGCAGCGGGUUCCACCGCCUUUCACACAGCUCCUUCGCCUUGCCAUCACUCCCCGCCGGCACGACCGCGGUAGCACCCGCGGCAACGACGCCAGGACUGGCACCCUCAGCCGCUGCGUCGGGUGGCGUCAGAGGCAGCGGCACCAGUGGCAGUGCUGUAGAUGGCAUUGGGCACAGCAGCAGCACCGACGAUGACGGGGCCGAGGGCCUGCUGCGAUGCCGGCAACCGUCUCCAAUCGGUGCACGCUUCCGCGGGCAGGACGGCCCCGCCGUAAGAAUGUCCCUUGACAGGGGUGCUUCAUCUGUGAGCCGCAUGGGCAGUAGCGGUACACGGAUGCCUGCUCGCGGCGGCGGUGCAAAUGGCGGCGGCGGCGACAGCAGUCCGCUGCGGACGGCAUCUUCGCCGUCUACCGGGGUGGCGCAACUGGCGCUCAAAGCGUCACGCCUGCGGCAGCGUGUGUACGAGCUGACGUCGCCGACACCGCAGCAGCAACGGCAGCCACAGCACCCACAGUGGCACCCGCAGCAGAGCUGGCCGGACCAGUGAGCAGUAGGAGCAAAUGGCAGACCCGGGUGUGCCACGGACAUUAGCGCUUGCAUGCCGGUACCUCAGCAGCAGAUUAGCAGACGCGGCGGCAUCUUCAUCAUGAGCGGCAGUCACUGCACCGGCACCGCCGCCGCUGCCUGCUUCCCUAUGCUUGGCUGGCUGUUGCUGCGGCUGCCUGCUUGGCUGGCUGGCUGGCUGGCUGGCUAUUGGUGCUGCUGCUAAAUGGCCUGUAGAGGCUAUGGAACAACAAUCCAGCUAACACUGACGUAAUUGCGAACCAGAGUCAGAGUCUCGAAUGUGCAUGAGAGUGCUUGGGCAACCGGCAAGAGAGGACAACUGUGAUGGGAGCGAGUUCGAAUCUGCGCAUAGCGAGGGGGAGCCCUGCUCCUCGUCAUUGCGCCGACAGGCGCUGCACUGGUUCACGUGCUCCCCUACUGGUGCUCGCAUGAGUAUGAAUGUAUUGAGUUUGCGGUUUACCCCACUUGGGUUUGCCCUGAUUAUGAUGCUUGAUAAGGCUUGCCGGUGACCGGUGUUUGGGUGGCACAUCAAGCAUGCAGCACGUGAAGCAGCAGUGCAGCAUCCCUAAGCAUGCAGCACCCAUAGCAGCUGGCUUCAACGGUACGCAUGCAGCCAAACUUCUGGCCACGCACGGCUGCGCACGGCCGCCUGAACGGCGACUGGGGAAGCAAGUCAACGGGUAGUCAGUUUUAUCCGAUUCAUCAACUGCUUAUACAAGGGGAUUCUGCCAUUUGUAUGUACCCUAGUGUACAUCAUAGGGCAAAGGGACCCAGCAGGCCAAUGGUCAAGGUCAAUCCUGGAUAGCACUCAACGAGAAUCAGUCGAAAUUUCGCGCAUUGUUUGGCGGUUGGGAUAGUCGUAUGAACCUGAACCUGGCGGUACCUGAAGUUAGCUGUCACGCCCCAGUUCCUUAUCCGGAGGCUAAAUUACGAUGUCUUCCACGUGGCAUUAGGCGUCAUCUGCCAGCAUCCGCCGGCACCAUCGGACGCCAGCUCUGCCUAACUCACGGUUGUACGGUAAUGAGGCGUUCUAGUGCGGUUGCGGUCCAUGAGCAACGAAGGCCAGGUUUGGUGCGACUCCCCUGUUUUGAUGCUUACCUGAAAUGAGAACUUCAAUGCUUCAAUGUGUGCGCUGCUUAAACCGUCAUUGCUAUGUUCCUUAAGCCAUUCGACGUGGAUGUGAGCUGCCUGUUGGUUCUGGCACGUAGUAAACAUGUUGGUAAGAAGGGAUUGCGGCAGGUUGCGCCGGUUUGCAACAGCCACGAGUUAGUACUUCAGCAAGGCUGUGGCGUGCAAGUGUUCAUCACUACCAACCUUUAAACCUUGAAAGCUGUGUGCCCGCUGCUUCACUUUCACUGUACUUACAAGUCAAACCGAAAUCAGGCGUACGACGCUAUCCCAGUUCCGCGGCGUAGCGAAGGGGGCAGGCUGCAGGCAAGGUCACGUGGAGGAGGUGAGCGCGGCGCUGCUCAAAAAGCGGCGGGCAGAUUCAGACCUGCCGGUGUCUAGUAUGCGGCUUUUGCUGGCGAGCAUACGGCAACACAGCAUGUACGUUGUUGGCUUGUGUUGAU